AUGAAGAGGAAGAGCGUCGAGCUGGCAGAGGACCAACCAACAGAGCAAGCGACGUGCAGCAGCAGCAGUACCAUGGACGAAGACAAGACAGGUGGAGGAGACGGGUGGGCGGCUCUCCCGUGGGUGCCGCUGCUCGAGGCGUUCUCGCUGCUGGACCGCCCCUCGUACCUGGCCCACGCCGGGCUCGUGUGUCGCGCCUGGCACGCCGCUGCCACAGACAAUCGCGUGUGGCGCCGUCUGUGCCAACGCGACUGGCGCAUUCGCCGCCCAUUCGGCGCGUCGCAGGCAAAUAGCGCAGAGGGAGUCGAUUUCAAGCGUCUCUAUGGGGAGAUGGUGCAGGAGCACGGCGAGUACCGCGCGCUGUACGCGGGCGUGAGCGACAUGUGGGAGGCCUACGAGAAGUGGCUCGCCGCCAAACUUCCCCAGAUCACCCUCAUGCCCGCCGCCACGCCGGAGGCAGUGCGUCAGCUGGAGGAAGUCCUGGGAGCGGAGCUGCCGCUGGAAAUGAAGUGCUCCCUUCGCAUUCGCAACGGCCAGAACCUCAUCACCAACCUCUCCGGCCUUCUCGGCGGCUACUCCUUCUACGACCACCGGGUGGAGAUGCAGUUGCUGGGCGUGAACGACAUCCGCCUGCUUUCCGAUACCAUCACGCGGCACGUGCAGAACGACCCACUGUUCCCGCAGUGGCUCGCCAAGGCGUGCCCCAUCGCCCGCUCCCGGUUCAUGGGCAAGAUCGUGUUUGUGCUCCUGCACGACCUCGAGGGCCACGGCAGCCGAGGCAACGUGGUCGCCUGCUCGGAGGACUACCAGCACACGUUCUUGCUCGCGCGAGAUUACACCUCGUACCUGUCCGAUCACCUCGCCAAUCUCACCAAGGGCCUGUACAAACUGGAUGAGAAGUGCCAGAUCAACCUGUUCCCGCAGCCGGGAGCCCGCGGGGUGGGCGUGGCGACGACGCACGGCAUCACGGUGGAGACCUCCCCGCUCUUCGUCCCGGAGAAGUCGAGCCUGAGGUCGGACCCGCCCUCCUACUUCUGGGCCUACCAAAUACGCAUGCACAUGCCCGCUGACUGCUCCGCUCGAUCCUCCCAGCUCAAGUCGAGGCACUGGGUGAUAACGAGCGCCGACGGGCAGGUGCAGGAGGUGCGCGGGCGGGGCGUGAUCGGGCUGUUCCCCGUCAUGGAGCCCGGCGCCUACUUCGAGUACGAGAGCUGCUGCCCCCAGCCUGCCCCGCACGGCACCAUGAAGGGCAGCUUCACCAUGGAGUACCUCGACUCGCACGAGGAGUUCGAGGUGGUGGUGCCCGAGUUCGAGUUCUUCCUCCCUCCCGGCUCGCGACCCGAGGCGAGCUGA